AUGGGUAGGCCAAAGAAUGAAACGAAAUGGGAACAAAUUGAAAAAGCUCUUUUGUUACAUAAAGAUAGCAUUAUAAGGGAUUGUACAAUAGUUCCCAGAACUGAUGAAAUAUGGGCUGUAAUAUCGAAUCAGAUAGCCAACGCCGCUUCAGCUUAUUCAUUGUGGACCAGCGUGAAAAAAAACUAUAACAAUAUACAGAACACUUUGAAAUUACCGCCUAUUCAGCUUUCCUGCAAUGGUGCAAACGAAACUUUGGAAUUCGCUUAUAGUUCUGACGAGGAUGUGGAGCAGUGUAGUCCGGACCGUGAAAACCACCCGGACUGUGAUUAUGAGAAUUUUGAUUUUGACAAAAAACUUUUUUCGGUUAAUCUUACGAGUGAUGAAUUCAUGAAUUUAUUGCCGCAUAAGGAAAACUAUAAAAGAACGGGUGCCAUGAAUGAAUCAAGGAAAUCGAACCAACGACAUUACAUAGUAUUUCAGCAGCGGCAUUGGACUCGUCUUUUGUAUAAUAAAUUAGAUCCACAGUUACGAGCCCUGCAGAUACCUUGUUCAAUUAUUUUCAAAAGAAACAAAUUUUAUGCUAGUGGCGUUAAGAAUUAUGCAACAAUGGAGGCAAACUGCAGAGAAUGUGGUGCAGAUUUCUUGUGCAUAAUAAAGGAUCUUCCUGAGGAAGACCAUAAUACCAGAAUAGAUGUGUUUAUGAAAAAGGAGUGUUUGAUAUCGCACAAACAUGACAUGGUUAGGCCUAUAAGUGACGCAUUUAGGCAGCAAAUUAGUCAAAAAUUGGUUGACACAAACAUUGCUCCCAGUCAAUAUCGUAGACUCAUGGCUGCCAAAAGUAAAAUUGAUGGUCCUGUGCCAAAAUUGGGUGCCCUAAGGCAAGCCAAAUAUGAACUUGUGAAAAAACAGCGUUUAGAUAAUGAUCCUAUUAUGGCAAUUUGGAAAAUGAAAGUUGAAUCGAAUUACGCAGGUGCCAUUCAAAAUAUUGGCUUGGAUCCGUUUUUCGUUUAUUUUUGGGAUAAUACACAAAUUCACGCAUACAAUAAAUUUUGUGAAUCUGAAUAUUCUAAAAUCUGUGUAGAUGCCACAGGCGGAGUGGUACAUAAGAUAAAAAAAACCACAUAA